AUGAUAUUAUUAUAUAAUAAUCAUUUUGAUGAAAACGAGAUAGAAAAAGGAAUGAAAGAAAUCAAUAAUAAUAAUAAUAUUAAUAUUAAUAAUAAUAUAAAUAAUAAUAAUAAAUCACAAAAUAUAAAAAAUGAAAUGUAUACAAUUAAAAAAAAAGAAAUUAUUGAUAUUAAAUUAAUAAAUGAUGAUAAUAAUAACAAUAAUAAUAAUAAUAGUAAUUGUAGUUGUAGUAAAGAAUCAUCAACUUCUUCAACAUCAAUUAUAUCACUGUCAUCAUUUUUUUCAAGUAUAAAUAAUAUUUAUGAUGAAGAUGAAAUUGAAAGAGCAAUUGGUUUAAAAAAAAGUAAUAAAAUUUAUAAUAAUACAAUUAUUUAUAGAUCAACAAGUCAACAUAAAAAUUUAAUACCAUUAUAUGAACAUUAUUAUAAAGUUUCAAAAUCAACUAAAUUAAUUUUUACAACAGAUCAAUUCGACCCAAAAGUUGAUAUAGAUAAUGAUAAUUUAAUUGUAUUUGCCAAAGGAUUAGAACCUUUAAUUCAAGAGAAUUUUGAAUUUUAUUGUUCAGAAUUAAUUCAUCUCUUUGAAAUUUUAAAAAAACAUAAUGCAAAUAAUAUGAAAAUUUUAUUAUUAUCAUUAAAUUCACAAUAUAAUUCAUUUUUAAAUUCAUCAUUAAUUGGUUUAAUUAAAUAUUUUAAUAAUAAUAAUAAUAAUAAUAAUAAUAAUAAUAAUAAUAAUAAUAAUAAUAAUAAUAAUAAUCAAUUCAUUUCAAUUGAUUUCGAUAAUAAUUCAUAUUAUAAUAAUAAUAUUUUCAAUAAUAUUGAAUUAAUUAUGACGAAUUUUAUUAAUUAUAAUAAUAUAAAUAAUAAUAAUAUAAAUAAUAAUAAUAAUAUAAUUCAAAUUAUAAAUAAUAAAAUAUUUAAAGAAUAUAAUCAAAUGAUUGAUGAAAAUUUUAAUAAUAAAAAUAAAAUCGAUAAGGAAGAUGAUAAAUUUGGUAAGACAGUAUUAAUUACGGGUCAAGAAGGUUUAUCAUUACAAUUUUUAAAAUGGAUUAUAAAUAAAAGAAAUACCAAUAUAAAAGAUAUAAUUGUUGUAUCAAAAUCAUCAAUUGAUUGGGAAAUUGAAAAAUUAAUUGAAUAUUGCACCACCAAUAAUAACAACAACAACAACAACAACAACAACAACAACAACAACAACAACAACAACAACAACAACAACAACAACAACAACGAUAAUCAAAUUACAAUUCAUUUCAAAAAUUUAGAUAUUUCAAAAAUGUAUUCAAUUAAAAAUUUAUUAAAUCAAAUUUAUAAAGAUAAUAAUAUAUCACCCGUUGAAUCUAUAUUUCAUUUCUCUAAUAAUAACAAUAUAAAUAAUAAUAAUAAUAAUAAUAAUAAUAAUAAUAAUAAUAAUAAUAAUAAUAAUAAUAAUAAUAAUAAUAAUAAUAAUAAUAAUUUUAAGAAAUUUCAUGAUUGUAGUUCAAAUGGUUCAUUAAAUCUACAUCAAAUAUCAAUUGAAAUGAAAUGGAAUUUAAAAACAUUUUUAUUAAAUGGUAUGAAUAUUAGCAACAACAAUAAUAAUAAUCUUGGUGAAAUUAGUUCAAAUGAAGUUUUAGAAUCAUUAAAUAAUUACAGAAAAUCAAUUGGAUUAUCAUCAAGUUUAAUAAAAUGGUCACCAUCAAAUAUUUAUGAUAGUAACAAUAAUAAUAAUAAUAAUAAUAAUAAUAAUAAUAUUGAAAUUAUUGAAUUUUUAAUUAAUAAUAAAGAAAAUUAUUCAAAUAUUAGUAUUUUGUAA